CUCGGCAAUAAGUGAGAAUGGACUCGACCGGCGCACUUUUUCGUUCCCCACUUGCUAGUACAUGAAGGAACAGAAACGGCUAAACGUUGGUUAACAGCUGUGUUGCACGUAGGACGCCGAUUUUGUGAGCGGUAUAGUUCCGGUCGAUUCUCGAUUUUGACAUAGAAGCACUAGCUUUUCGUCGAUUUACAUGUGAACGGGAUUUAUUAGUAUUGCAACCUUAAACUAUAUAGAAACGGAUUUGUUUUGUUCAGUUCGCAUGUUCAUUCUUCGUUGUGUUUCUACUGAAUAGUGUUCUUGCACGUGUUAAUCUGAUCAAUAAAAUAUUACACAAUAAUAAUUCUGAAGAAAUGUGUGUGAUUUUACUAUUAAAAAUGGCUGCCAAUUGAAGAUUAUUGCUUUAUAAAGACAAUGAGUAUUAAAAAAUAUGGACUUACUUCACCGGCCGGAAAAAGCCGGUAGCACAAAAUGGACGCUGUUAUUUCUUUUAAUUGCGGGGAUAUCAGCGACUCACACACGUCACGGAGAUGGCUUCCUGAGUCAACGUUUUACAAGAACAAUUCCAUCGGCAAACUGUCGUCUUGUGAGAACGAAUACAUUACAAUGUCGCAACAGGACUAUGGAAAAUUUGUUUAUAGGAACGGAUGUUGUUUAUUUGGAUUUGGAGUAUGUGAUCGGUGGGAGUUUGGACGUAAAAAAUAUCCGACAUUUGCGAUGGGUUUUCAGCUCCUUAACCGUUAUCAACGACGUGGUUAUUAAUCCUGAAAAUCUCAUAACUCUAGAUUUGUCUUUCAAUAAUAUAACAGUUUUGAAAAACUACCAAUUCGAUAAUUACACCCAUUUAACUCGAGCAAACUUAUCUCACAAUAUUAUCGAUCAUCUUCCCAGAGAUGUCUUCAAAUCCCACAUCAAAUUGGAAGUGUUGUGUCUCUCCCACAACAACCUCAAAGCAAUACCUUUCCAAGCUUUCUCUUUUAUUGAAAGCUUAAAAGAAUUAGAUUUAUCUCACAAUAAACUCGUCACGUUCUUGGAUCAUUUUUUCAAAUUCAACAAAUACAUCGAAGUACUGUUACUCAACAACAACAAUCUUACGAAAAUCACUUCUAAUAGCUUCGCUGAUUUAACUGAUCUCAAAAGACUCGAUUUAUCUCACAAUUCUUUAACAUUUAUCUCGAGAGGCUUGUUCGAUUCGCUUUCUCAUUUACAGUACUUAAAUUUGGCGAGCAAUCCACUGAUGAAUAUGGCUAGUGGCACAUUUAGGGGGUUAAGUAAUUUGAGAAUAUUGAAUUUGAGCGAUAAUAGAUUAACCCAAUUGACGUUCGGUCUAUUGCAUUUUAGUCCGCUUUUAUCUUCUCUUAGUAUAGAUAAUACUUUGAUCGAAGUGAUACACAACACGGAAUUACUGGGUGUACCUAAAUUGAAUAUACUGACUUUGAAAAGAAAUAAAAAACUUAAAUUCAUAGAAACCUACGUUUUUGCUGAUACGCCUGUUCUAAGCGAAUUAGACAUUAGUGGCUGCAAUUUGACGUUUCUUCCGCAAUCUAUUGCGAAUUUAACUUAUUUAACUAAAUUGAAUAUUAGUGACAAUCCAUGGGCUUGCGAUUGUCGAAUGUUUUGGUUUGCUCGAUGGGCAGCCAUAAAAAAAGGCAACGUACUCAUGUCUGAUUUAACUUGUGGUCCUGACGCUUAUCCGGACGAUAUGUUGCCUACAUUGGACCAUUUAAACUGCACAUCUCCUACAAUAAUACAUAAGACUCCAACCAGACUGUAUAGACUAAAAUCAGACGCCUUACUGGAGUGUAGGUACGCAGCAAAUCCUCCCCCUUCUAUAACUUGGGUUACACCUAGAAGGGAAGUAUAUCAUUGGAAUCCGGAUCCAAGUAUUCCGGAUACGUUUUAUAAGCACCCUCACGCUCACGAUCAAUUGAUGACUCCUUUAAGAAUCAUUCCACCCCGAAUCCAGGUACUCGAUAACGGCACCCUUUGGAUUAAAAAUGUCACCAGAGAAGACUGCGGACGAUAUACAUGUUAUGCCAGUAAUCCUAUCGCCAAUCAAACAGACGAUGUACUGCUCCACAUCGACCCCGCUGAUUGGAACCGAGUACGUGUUAUCUCGUUGAUUGUUGGUACGCAAAGUGCCGGAGGAUUUCUUGGAUUGACCUUAUUUAUACAGUUCCUAAGAUAUUUAAUGAAUAAGUUUGGUGUUUUCAAUAACUUUUGCAGUUUUUGUAAACGGGAUAAAGUAUCCCCAAGAGCUCGACAGAUAUAUGCCAUGCUCGAUAAUAUCGAACAGUACAAGAGCCAACAGCUUGAGAAACUUAGAGAAAAUUAUGCACUGCAGGUAACGAGAAUCAAAGACAAUUGCGCUCAACAAAUGGAAUGGAUACAAAACAGCUACCAAUCUCAAGCAAAACAUUUGAAAGACUUUAGAGAUAUCGGUACCGCACACCUGACCACCUUGAGAGAUCAAUAUUGCGAUCAGGUGAAAAAGGUGCGAGAUUACUCAACAGGUCAACUUAAUUGGGUCCGAGAAAACUACGUCUUCCAGAGGAACAAAAUUCGUAAAUUCAGUUCACAUAAAGUGUUGCAGUUAAGAGAAACUUACAAGUACCAACAACAGACCCUUAACAAAGUAUUGGAGAACUUGCCCAGUUUGUAUUUUGAGAAUUGUAGAGCUGGAACUUGUGGUCGCGCCGAAUCUCUAGUAUUUGAUCCUCAAGAAGCUGAGAGCAUAGACUGCUAUAUAAAGAGCAAAAUAGAAAAACUUGCUAAUUUAGAUGCCAGCACUACAGAUCUAACUCAAAGUAGAAUGUCAUUGUAUUACACACCUUCAGAAAGGUCAUCUGUUCACAAAUCUCCUACUGAAAUAUCACCAUCAAUUUACAUCAAUUACAUAGAAGAUCCGCCUAGAGGUUUUCUCAUGAUGGAAGAGCCCACCACGUCUGGAUACAGAAAAAUCGGUUUCGUUGAAAGUGUUUUAUCGGAUCACAGUUGUGACGAUUUACUUCAAAGAGAACUAAAGGAAUCUGAAAUAGUAUCGAAUCCUAAUUUACCAAGCACAUCGGGUUUAGCUCCACCGAUAAAUCAAACAAUACAACACGAAACAUCUUUAUAGAGAAUUCAACAUAAUAAUAAAUUUGUAAAGUUUACUGGAGAAUAAAACAUUCUACUUAAGAUAAUGAAUUAAAUUUAAAAUUGUUGAUAAUAGUUACAGCGAUUUAAUAAUCCCAAUCCAAAAAACGAUUGACAAGCCGAAAAAUGACGUGUUUAUUGUAGCAGCAAAUUUUACUCGUUUUCAUUUCUCUAUCUGAAAAAAUUUCUGUGAUACGAGCCGCAGUUGUUGUGUAUAAACUGCCUGACUUAGUGCCAAUCUAGAAGCUGUUGAGCUGGACUAAUUUUCUUUCAGAAUUUUAAACGAAUUGCCAAAAGACUUAUUUUAAUUGUAAAGUGCAAGUGAUGUUAAUUUUCAUGUUAGUGUAAGUAAGUUAAUUAUUAUUACUAGUCAUAUUUUUUGGUAAGACUGAAUGUUUUCCUUUAACAGGACAUGUAGGUAUUUCAGGAAUUCUAUAUUACUGUGAUUGGUACCCUACUUUGUCUUUAACAACGAUUAUCAUUUUUUUAUUUAAAUUUUCAAUUUUUUUCAUUACAUGUAGUUGUUGCAUUUAAAUUGUAUGUAGGUAAUGGUUUUCAAUCUUCAAAUUUAUACUAAUCUUAUUAGAAAUAAUUAAGAAUCAUAUCUAUAUGUUUUCAUUUGCCAAACCUACUGACAUUAGGACACUAAUUUAGUCAAUUUGUCUGUCCAUCUUCUUGGAUAUUGGUAAUCAGUUGGAACUUUUAAAUGAGCAAAAUAUAAUCACACAACCACAGCGGUCCUUAUUAGCUUCAAAUAAUCUAACUAUUCAACGUCGAUUUUGGAAAUGCUUUGUUCUAUCAUCUAUUCACUAUUUCACAGGAAGAUGGGACAAAAUGUUUUCAUCACUUUACUGUUUCCCUUGGCCCACAGUAAAUUCAAAGUUUAUCAAAAAAAUAUUAAAAUAUGUAUUGAUGAGUUAUACAAACCAAAUCAAUUUAAAAUAGAAAAUUUUUGCAUUAUUUAUGUAAAUAAUAACGUUAUUUAGUGUUUCAUUAUGAAACUUUCAUGAGAUAAAUACUUGCUGAACUGUCAAAUGCAUAUUGUUUUUUCUAAUAUGUGCAUGUGAAAAUAAUUACUAUUUAAUUAUCAAAUAGAACUUUUCAUUUUAUUUAAUAACUGUAUAUCAGUACACACAAAGAAAUAUGGCCUUGUAUAGAAGUAUAUCUCACAAUAUUUUAUAUGGAACUGCGACUCAAAAUUAUUAGGCAUUAUAUAAGGAAAAUAAUAAUUCAAUUAAGUGAAUUGCCACAGGAAAAAAAUAUUCUUCAAUAGAACACUGGAGACUUCAGCUACUUCAAUAUCAAUAAAUUUAUGUUGGGGGUCAAUAUAUGAAACACUCAAAUUUCAAACAUAUUCUCAUUUCUCUCUCAUUUCUAAUAAGAUUGGUGCUGGGGUCCUUUUGGCAUGCUUAGUAGAAUCAAAAGCUACCCUUAUAGGAAACACUUACUGGCAAGAGGUUUAUAGUAUUUUUUUCAUCAUUAAGACUAAUUUUGAUAAUGUCAUUUUAAUUUAAUAUGAAAUUAAUCAUAAAAAUAGUUGAUGAGUUGAUGAUGUAGUCUUGAAAGUAAAAAAUUAAAUAGUCCUCUAGAAUAGGAAUAUAAAAUUUUGUAUUAUUAUUAAAAAUGGGGAGGAUUUGUUGGCCUAAUUGCCUAGGUAAUCCUUUUGCAGUCCCCUUGGUAGCCCAUGUAGAUUCUCUAGAAUUGGAGAACUCUCCGGCCGUCACAAAUUUUGAAGCAAAAUUUUCUUUCUCCAUUCCACAGAUCGGAUUCCUUGUCUGUAUUAGAUCUCUAAAAUCGGCUUCCAUGUGCCUACUAGAGUCUUUGGGUUCUUUUUUCCUACUAUCAGUAUUUCCGACACUCAGUCUGAGAGGUUCUCGUCACUUAUAAAGGUUUUGGCCUAUCUACAACCAAAUUACUGAAGCCACGCAUCUUUGCUUUUUUCCUUUCCUAUAGUUUAAGGUGUUCCGUAAUGUACGAGUAGAUGAUUUCCACUGCAGGUUCGGAUCUCAUGAGUGAUUGAGUAGCUCCAAAAUUUACCGGGUCAUCAGUAACUUGACCGCCCUUUAGUUUUCCUGCUCAUUCAGUGCCUUUCACAAACAGCUUUGAUUCUGUGGUCAUGCUUUACAGUAGUUCCGUUUCAUUGUUUGUACAAAUAAGGACAUUAAUAUGGUUAUUAUCGUGAGCUGCAACCUGGUCCGAUAAGGAUGGCCACCAGUUCGGUCUGCUUAUUAGAAACGUAUCUUCCUAGGGAAAAGAUGUGUCCUCCAUGCUUGUGUAAUUCUGGUCCAUCCAGCUCGCGCUUUUUUUUAUCCAUCCGAGUAGUUGGUGUUAAUAUCUGAAGGCAAGUUGGCCUUAUUUUGAUCUUAUAUCCCCUUACCCCCAAAGACCAAAAUGAUUAGCUCGGUAUUCCACAAUAGUCGUGGAACCUUGGUUUCGCGUGAUACAUUAAGUUUGAAAAAUAUGUAUAUUCAUUGGGUUCACACAAGCCAAAAUGGAGGACUGCCGUGCAGGUUCGCCGCUACCAUCCUGAAUUCAACCAGAGUUUGCGUUCUGGGUUUCGGAUUUGAUUAGGAUGCGAUUCAUACGUGCGCUAAUGAAACUGGGUAUAUAAAUAGUUAAAUAAAUUUACAUUAUUAUGUUAUGUAAAACACAAGAACCAAAAAAACAUUCACCAACAAAUAAUUUAAAUAUGAGUUUAAAGAUUGUAUUUUUUCCUGAAAAGUCUCAAACUUUCGUCAUUUGGGAUAUGAUCAUCAAAGCAGUGUUCAGAAAUAACAAACAACUUGAACAAUCCAUCUGGAGGUUUUCAACAUUCAACCACUCCAGCUCAUCCUUUUAUCAGAAUUACUCUUUUUGUUUGAAGAAGAAGAUGGUUUGGAACAUGUGGAAAUAAGCAUCCAUGAUAAUGGAUCCAAGUUCCAAAGAGACUUUGCUAAUUUGUUAAUCAUUCCAUCUCAGUAAUUGGAUUAAAUUCUGAUAACUGAGAAUUUCGAGAGUGUCGAUGAUUUUUCAUAUCAUAUAACUUCUAUAUACCUAUUUUCUAUUCGCAUUCAAAUACCUAUAGGUUGACAAGUUGUGUGGUAAAAUAAUCAAUAAGUUUGUGGGUACGGGUAUUUAAACGAGGCAAAAAAGUCGAUUGUGAAAAAAUUAGUUUAUGCUUCCAAAAAAAAUAUAUACCCUAAACGAUAGAAUAUAGGAAUAAUAUGUUAUCAUUAUUUCGUAAGUAUAAGAAGGGUAUCAUAAUCCUUGUUUAUCAAUUACAUAGAAAACGCGUAAUGUGUAGAAAAUAACACUUUUCUCAAUGUACAUUUUUAUAUAAUGCAGCACCCCACCGACAUGUAUGAAUAUUUCUAUCAACACAACUAUAGAUAGAUGAAAAUUUUUAAAUAAAAAUAAUAACUAAACUAUUUUUUAUUGAAUAUCUAUGAUUUAUAAGAUCGAGAACUGUUAAAUAGUGUCAUUUAAUAAAAAUGUAUUGAAUCAAA